AAAAAAAAUUGUCACUCGGACACACACUAUUCACCAGUUGGUGGCGGUAAUGCACUUUGUUUGCCAGCCGCCAGUAAACACCAGAAGAAGAAGAACAAGAACAAGAAGAAAACACGAAAAAGCUGAAAAUAGAGGCGUGGAGACAACAGUUCAGACGGUGACAGAGAUUUGGAAACAGCUUUAAAAACGAGGACAAAGCAAACACAACAUCAUGGAGGCUCGUUUCUACCAUAAGGGUCUGUUGAACGGAUUAGAUGUUAAGCAGAUGUUGAUGGUUAAAGAAGAAACUCCUGAAGACCACAGAUCUGUUGCUGAGCUGCAUGACCCAAAGCCGCAGCAGAUAAAGGAGGAAGAGGAGGAAGUCUGCAUCAUUCUGGGGACAGAGCAGCUCAAUGCAAAGGAGGAGACUGAUGUUGCUCCUAUAAAGAGUGAGGAUGAUAAAGAGUCCAUUCUGCUCUCACAGAAUCUUUAUCAAGACCACAUUAAAAGCAGAGAGCUUUCAGAAGAGGCAGAAGAUGAUUUCAUUUCUGUAGUCAUUAAGGAUGACGAAGAGGACAGUGAUGUAAAUCACUCAGUGUCUGAGCUUGAACACUUGUCAGACUCUGGACAGAAAACUGAGGACGAGGACAGUGACUGGAAGGAGAGAGGAGCUCCUGAGUCAGACGGAAACAUUAACAACCCUUGUAGCUCCUCUGAGUUUCCUGAAGAAUCUGUUCACUGUUGCCCCGUUCAGGAAGACGUGACACAUUCAGAAACGGGAUCUUCGAGCUCGCUGCAUAAGGAAUGUUUUACAGAGAAGAAAAGCGUGGAGUCAGGAAGGAAAGUCCAGACUGGAAUGAAGUUUAGUUGUGAAGACUGUGGUAAAGCGCUCAGCGGAAAAUACACUUUAAACACACAUAAGACAAUCCACACAGGACAGAAAGCGUUCUGUUGUGAUGUCUGUGGACGAAGAUUUGGUGAUAAAUCGGGUUUAAAAAGACACAAGAUAAUCCAUACAGGAGACAAACCUUUCUGUUGUGACGUUUGCGGACAAAGAUUUGGUUAUAAAUCGAGCAUAAACACACACAUGAUAACACACACGGGGCAGAAACCGUUCAGCUGUGAUAUUUGUGGACAGAGAUUUAGCCAAAAAGGAAGCUUAAACACACACGUGAGCAGCCACACCGGACAGAAGCAUUUCUGCUGCGAUCUCUGCGGACAAAGAUUUAACCGUAAGUCAAGCUUAAACACACACAUGAGAACCCACACAGGCCAGAAACCAUUCUGUUGUGAUAUUUGCGGACAAAGAUUUAGCCAAAAAUCCACUCUGACUACACACGCGAGAAUCCACACGGGACAGAAGCCUUUCUGUUGUGACGUCUGCGGACGAAGAUUCGGCGACAAGUCAAGUUUAAACAGACACAAGAUAAUCCACACCGGACAGCAACCUUUCUGUUGUGUUAUCUGUGGACGAAGAUUUGGUAACAAAUCAAGUUUAAACAGACACAUGAGAAUCCACUCUGGAGGGGAAAUUGUUUUACACUGAAUAUUUGAACAACACCGCAGUAGACGACUGUGAAAUAGUUGCACGUUGUCAUUAACAACAACAAUCUUCACUCUUUUCUCCUGUGUUGAAAUUUGCAUUUCACCCUUAAAGCCAUUUAUAUAAGUCACUGAUUUGCUUCCUUGUACUAAUUGAUCGUUUGUUUGCUAGGCAUGUUUUAUUCAAACUGUUUUUAUCAGCUCUCAGUGCAUGUGAACAGGUUUACUGUUUGAGAAAGAGAAUCAAAGCACUAAGUUGACCAUGAACUCCUCUGUAAACCACAGUUUGCUCGAGUCAAGAUAAAGUCGGCCAAUCUUUGGACUAAAGUGAAUCGUGAGGAAAAUGAUCCCCAACGCAGCAGCAGAUAUAGAUACUAUCAUCCAUCCCUACUUAAAAAGAGAACCGCUUCUAAUUAUGGUUUUUACACCCUCGGCUUGUUUGUGUUGCAACUUGAGAUGUUUUUCGUGUGUGUGACUAAGCCUGUAUAUUUGUUUGUCGUAUUGAUUUCAAUUAAAUACUUCAGAGUUG